CUUUCCCCAGAAAUGUGUUAUUGUCUUGAGUCAUUGAGAGCACUGACAGCCAGCGACACAGUGGAGGGACGGCAGGAGGUUGGCUAUGAAGCUGUUUCCUAUCCAUCCAAUACUUUGGUCCAGUUUGCUGGUUUGGUGUGCCUCACAAAGUGAUAUAAGUCCUCUUCCAGCAGAGACAGAGGCCAACAACCAUGAUGUCUGUACGGCUGAAAAGGAUCCCGGCAACACCCAUCCGCUGAAUCCUCCGGAGCAGGAAAAUCAUGUAGAGGAGGAGAAGGUGAAUGAGGACGUCUUCCGCUGCCUCCUUUACCCAACAAAUCUACUCAACUGCUCCUGGUCAUUCCACACUUUACAGAAGGAUACUCACCUCUUCGUCAAUAUCAGUAUCUGUGAUGACAAAAGAGCAGUUCACCCUCUGGACCUCUCGUCUGAGGAGAGAGUCGGAUCAUUGUCUUUGACUCUGUACGAGCACGAGCACGAGACGUUAUAUGUGAUCCUCCGCUUUAACAUAAGCCUGCACGACGAGUGGACGGUCUACACCUCCGCAUACGACAUGGACAUUCUAGAGGUCCUGUCUCCACCCCAAAACAUCUCUGCAUCAGUCAAAGACGGAGGCCUGUUGGUGACGUGGGAUCUUCCCCCCCGUCAAGAAGACAUUCCCCCUGAAUGCUUUGAAUACCAGCUGGACAUGGGUGACCAGGAAGGACCCAAAACUUUGCCCGAACAGCUGUCUUACACAGAGGCCAAUGCAGAUCCCACCCGCUCCUACAGCGUGAGGAUGAGGGCGAGGAAGACGAAAUUCUGUGGGAAUCGUGAGUGGAGUGACUGGAGUCACGCCGUCACGGUGGAAGAUCCAAUUUACAAACUCAACAUUCUGGUGAUCAUCUCAAUUUCACUGGGAAUACCCAUGAUCCUCCUGGCUGUGCUGCUGCUGGCGCGCCAUCAGAGGGUGACUAAGGUUCUGUUUCCUCCGAUUCCUCGCCCCCCGGCAAAGUACAAAUGUUUCCUCGAAAAAAAUGACACAUUCAAUCUCUUCUACCCUGCCCCGUCAGCUGAGCCCGUGGAGGAGAUCACAGAGGUGGAAGACACGGAGCAAAAGGCCGGAAAGACAUUAUAAAAGCAAUAUGGGAAGGACAUAUUUAAAAAAAUAAUAAUAAUAAUAAUAAAUAAAAAAUCGCCUGAGGUAACGCCAUGCACUGCCAGGUGUUGAAUGCAUGUUUAGUGUGUGUAAGCCUGUAUUUGUGUGGACAUUGUGGUUUUAUGUUGCUCAUGUUUGCAGUCCAUCAGGCCCAGUAAGUUGGUUUAUGACACUGUAAUACAUUUUAAGACAUGUAAAAGUAUACCAACAGGACUGCAAAACACGCUUAAGAUAUCAUAUAAAGGAAGAUUUUGCUCAUCA